UGCAUUGGGCUCCUCGGUGAGCAGAAAUAAAUCCAAAAUAAAAACACAAAACAUGAUUUUAUGUUCAGAGCCAUGCAAAUAUUUGCAACAGCAGCGGCAGCGUGACGAAUCAUAAAAAUAUAAUAAUAAAGCAGCCGCAUUUUAAUCGGUUAUUUAUGCAUUUUUAAGGCAAAUGUGAACUCUUCAUAAUUCAUUUCCAAUCAUAAUGCAGUGUUUGACCACUUUGGCGAAGAACUGAAUCUUGCACCUAUAAAAGCGAUGUCAGCGGAGAGCCAAGGCAGUAACAAAUCAUCUUUUCAAACCACCAAGUCACCAUGCGCUCCUUUAUCGUCCUUUGCCUGAUUGCCGUGGCCGCCGCGGAUAAACUUGGCUACAACUACCAGCCAGUGGCCCACUCCGCCUCCGGAUUGAGUUUCCAGCCCUCGGGAGCGGGAAGCAGCAAUUCCCCAACAUUUGCCGCUGCUCCUGGAGGAUCUAUUGCCGCGCCCAUUUCGGAUUUCGCUGGACCAGUUGGAGAACAAUCCGUCGCUGCCCCUAACUACGCUGCUCCCCAGGCUGAGCUCCAGAAGGAGUUCUUCACCUACACCGCCGACGAAGGUGACUUCUACGAUCCCGCUGCCUCCGACCAAGUCUCCUCCGCCCUGAACAAGGCCCUGCGCGUCGUCUUCAUCAAGGGACCCGAGAACCGUGGCCUGGAGGACGCUGCCCUGGCUCUGGCCAAACAGGCUGCCCAGCAGGAGACCGCCAUCUAUGUCCUGAACAAGCAGGCCGACAUUGGUGAUCUGGCCAACAAGUUGAACGCCAUCCGCAACAACAACAACAACAAGCCCGAGGUUCACUUCGUUAAGUACCGCACCCCCGAGGAUGCUGCCAACGCCCAGCGUGCCAUCCAGUCGCAGUACGACCAGUUGGGAGGAUCCUCCCAGUCCCACGAUGGAGGAGUGGCCUCAUCUCUGAACUUCGCUUCCCAGUCGGCUCCCGCUCCUGCUCCAGCUGCCAGCGCCCCAGGACCCAGCUACUUGCCUGCCAGCAUCUUCCGUCGCCUUCGUCUUUAAACAGGAAAUGCCAGUUGUCUGAUUUGUUGUCUAGUUUUCAUGUUUUCUUAUAAUUAAAAAAAAAUUUAAAAAAAAAACUAUAAGUUGUUUUUGUGUAUCAUUGUUGUUUCGCACCUUAAAAACGUCAUUAAAUAAUUAAAAAAUAGAAUAAUAAUGUAAUAGUUAAUAGGUAGAUUUUUCUUGACAUAAUAUUCCAA